AUGGAUCAACAGUUUGUGGCUCAGUUGGAGCAAGCUUUAGGUGCUAUUGUUCAACCUACAGGUUCUUUGAAGGAUGCUACCAAGACUUUGCAAUCACAAUUUUACACUCAAUCUGCUGCUUUGCCGGCUUUGAUUCACAUUUUGCAAAACAGUUCAAAUGAUGGUAUCAAGCAACUAGCCGGUGUUGAAGCUAGAAAGCAAGUUUCUAAGCACUGGGGUUCUCUUGAUGCUGCUACUCAAACAAGCGUAAAGCAAUCCUUGUUGAACUCUGCUUUUAACGAAGGAAAAGAUGCUGUUCGCCAUGCUAAUGCCCGUGUCAUUGCCUCCAUUGGAUCCGAAGAAUUAGACGAGAAGAAAUGGCCAGAGUUGAUUCCAAACCUUCUACAAGCUGCUUGUGAUAGUAACCCAAAAAUUAGAGAAACUGCUAUUUUCAUUAUCUUGUCCCUUUUGGAAUCCUUUAAUGCUAACUUGGCUUUACACAUCGAUGAUUUCUUGAACUUGUUUGCUCAAACUAUUAACGAUUCUGCAUCAUUGGAGACAAGAUCUUUGUCUGCGCAAGCCUUGAGUUACGUCUCCUCUUUAAUCGAAGAAGAAGGUGAAAUCAAUCCACAAUAUGCCGCUAAGUUUGCUUCUUUGAUUCCUUCCGUCGUCCAGGUUCUGGAUGCCACCAUCAGAGAAGGUGAUACUACUAACACAAAGCUAAUCUUCAACUGUUUAAAUGACUUUUUGUUAUUGGACUCUCAAUUAACUGGUAACACAAUUGCUGAUUUGGUCAAAUUGGCUUUACAAAUUGCCGUCAAUUCCGAUGUCGAUGAAGAUAUUAGAGUGUUUGCAGUACAAUUUGUUACUUCUGCUUUAGUUUACAGAAAAUCUAAAAUAAACCAAGCCAAAUUGGGUCCAGAGAUCACUUUGGCUGCUUUGAAGGUUGCUUCGGAAGAAAUUGAUGUCGAAGAUGAGUUGACUAAUGAAGACGAAGCCGGUGAGAACGAAGAAAACACCCCAGCAUUGACUGCUCUCAGAUUGAUUUCUAACGCUUCUGGGGAACUAUCCCCAUCUCAAGUCGGUGUUCCUAUUAUCGAACAUUUGCCAACCAUGUUGUCCUCUUCUAACCCAUUCGAAAGAAGAUCAAUCUUGUUAGCAAUUUCUGUAUUGGUUACUGGCUCUCCAGAUUACACAUUAUCUCAAUUCGAUAAAAUCAUUCCUGCCACUGUUACUGGUUUGAAGGACUCUGAAGCAGUCGUGCAAUUAGCUGCUUUAAAAUGUAUUGUGCAGUUGAGUACCAAUUUGCAAGACGAAGUUGCUAGAUAUCAUGAGCAAUACUUGCCUCUAGUGAUUGAUAUCAUUGACUCUGCUAAGCAUGUGGUUAUCUACAAGUACGCAACUCUUGCCUUGGAUGGUCUAUUAGAAUUCAUUGCUCACAAUGAUAUCAUUAAAUAUUUGGAUCCAUUAAUGAACAAAUUGUUCCAAAUGCUGGAAACCCAACAAUCACCAAAAUUGAGAGCUGCUAUUGUUUCUGCAAUUGGUUCUUGUGCCUUUGCUGCCGGAUCAGGAUUUGUUCCAUACUUCAAGACAUCUGUUCAAUACUUGCAACAGUUUAUUCAAAACGUCUCCCAAAUCGAAGGUUUGUCUGAAGACGACAUUGAAUUGAAGGCCUUGACUUUCGAAAACAUCUCCACCAUGGGUAGAGCGGUCAAAUCCGCUGCUUUUGCUGAAUAUGCUGAGCCAUUGGUGAACGCUGCCUACGAAGCUAUCAAAACUGAUUCUGCUAGAUUGAGAGAGUCUGGUUACGCCUUCAUUGCCAAUAUGGCAAAGGUUUAUGGUAAGGACUUUGCUCCUUUCCUACAAACCAUCAUUCCUGAAAUAUUUAAAACUCUCGAACAAGAAGAAUACCAAUUUAACUUUGACGGUGACGAAGACUUCUUGGAAGGCAUCGAAGAUUUGGAUGAAGAAGAACUACAAAGCAAAUUUACCGUAAACACUGGUAUCGCAUACGAAAAGGAAGUUGCUGCUGCUGCUUUGUCAGAAUUAGCCAUUGCUUCCAAAGAACACUUCUUGGAAUACGUUGAACCAUCUUUGAAGGUUUUAGCUGAGCAAGUCAAUGAGUCAUAUGGUUUGAAAGAAACGGCUCUACACUCCAUGUGGGCUAUUGUUAAAGCUGUUUUGUUGACUGCCAACUUGAAAGAAGGUGAGUAUCCAAAGGGUGUUCCAUCAGGCUCUUAUGUCGAUGCUAGCGCGUUAGCCGUUAUUCAAACUGUUAGAGAAGUUUCUUUGAACAAUGUUAUCGAAGAGGUUGAAACUUCUAUGGUUAUCAGCGUGUUCCAAGAUCUUUCUGAAAUGUUAAGAUUGUUUGGUCCAAUCAUCAUCAUGGAUAACGGUGACUCUACCCAUUUGGAUCAACUAUGUCGUGAAGCUUUGAGCGUUUUGAAGGGUGAACAUGCUUGUCAAACCAUCCAUUUCGAAGAAGACGUCCCAGAAGACGAAGAUCUAGAUGCCUCAGAAACCGAAGCUACUUUGUUGGACGUCGCUUUAGACAUCUAUGUCGCUUUGUCUACUAACUUGGUUGGUGGUUUCGCCCAAGUGUUUACUACAGCCAAGCCGGUUAUCUUGCAAUUGUGCCAAUCCAAGUCCAAGAACAAGAGAUCCUUUGCCGUCGGUGCUCUAUCUGAAAUCGCUUUAGGCAUGAGAGAUGAAAACCCAUUCAUUCAAGAAUUGUUAGAGGCUUUGAUCAUCAGUUUGACUAAUGAUAAAUCAUUAGAAGUCAGAUGUAAUGCUUCAUACGGUGUUGGUUUGUUGAUUGAAUAUUCAUCAUUCGAUGUUUCUGCUAUCUAUUCUCCAGUUCUAAAAUCCUUAUACGAAAUUUUGAGCGUUGCUGACGAAAAGAACUUAGCUACUGAAGAUGAUGAAGCUACCAAAGAAAUCGUUGACAGAACUUUCUCCAACGUAUGCGGAUGUGUGGCCAGAAUGAUCUUGAAGCACCAAAACCUAGUUCCACUGGAACACACCAUUCCAGCUCUACUCUCGCACUUGCCAUUCAACACUGCAUUCGAAGAAUACGAUCCGAUCUUCAAAUUAUUCUUGAAGUUAUUCCAAGAGCAAAACAGCACCAUCAUCAAUGAAGCACCAAAGGUCAUCGCAAUUUUCGCAACUGUUUUCGAGAAGGAAAGUGAAAGAAUUGAAUUAGAGACGAACUCUACCUUAGGCAGAGAAGAAAACUUGGAAAAGAGAAAACAGUUCCAAUCCGAAGAAAUAAAGCAACAAGUCAUCGAAUUAUUGAAACAUUUGAACCAACAGUUCAAUGGUGCUGUUGCCCAAAACCCGGUUUUGGCUCAAGUUAUUGCUUGA